AUGUUGCAGGUGGAGGUGGUGGCUUCUACACGAAGCUUUCGACAACUGGCCAAGUGUCGACCUCAUGCAGGAGAUCGAAUCCUGGAGAUCGGCUGCUGCUUCGGCCAAUGCACCGAGCUCCUGGCCGCGGGCGCCGCGGAGGUCUUGGCACUGGACACCUCCAAGGAGAAGGGUGGUCAGCGGCCCCCAGAUUCAUGCGGAUCAGUACUGUGGAUACCCCCGGAGGGUCCGGUUUCGCGGCCAGAGGAGUGCGUGGCCCUGACGGCGCAGCGCUUGAGCGAGGCGGAGGUCGCCGUGGCACGGAGCUUGCGUUUGGAUAUUUUGGCACACCCGGAGUACUUGAGGACGAUCGCCUCCUGCCAACCUCCUUUUACGGUGGUUUUUGCUGAUAUCGGUGGCAACCGUGAGCUGGCCCAUGUGUUGCAGCUCUUUCGGUUGCUCUUUGCACACAUGGCCGAGUUGCGAUACCUUGCUGUGAAAAGUGAAGCCUUGGCCAUGGAGCUUAGUAAGGCUCCCCUUGAUCCACAGAAGCGGUUGGCUUGGUGGCAGCAGUUGUGCUGCCCACCGGCACGUUUGGCGAAAGCGCCCCGGCGCAUGCAACAGAUCUUACAGCGGCCUAUCCAGAAGACGCCUCAUGGGCUGGAGAUUUGCCGCUUUGCAAACUAUGGGGUGUGCUCGAAGGGCAAUGACUGCCGGUAUGACCAUCAGCAUUGCCACCGCUGCUUAAGACCUGGACAUUGGGCCACUAGUUGUGAUCAGCCAGAAGUUGAGGCCAGGAAGCAGCGAGGGAAACAUGGAAAAGCAUCAACUGUGGGAGUAAACGAGUAG